CCUCCCGCCAAAGCGGCACGAAAGCGGCUCUUUGGGAAAGGUGAUACAGCCAAGGUGCUGCCCGUGUCUAGGCUGCUCUCCCGGCUAACGCACGUCUCCCGUCCCCUGGUAGGAAAUGGAGUCCAAGGUCUCCGAAGGUGGCCUCAAUGUUACCCUCACCAUCCGGCUGCUGAUGCACGGCAAGGAAGUUGGAAGCAUCAUUGGGAAGAAAGGAGAGACUGUGAAGAAGAUGCGUGAAGAGAGCGGGGCAAGGAUCAACAUCUCGGAGGGGAACUGUCCUGAGCGGAUUGUGACCAUAACUGGCCCCACUGAUGCCAUCUUCAAGGCUUUUGCCAUGAUUGCCUACAAAUUUGAGGAGGACAUAACCAACUCCAUGAGCAACAGCACUGCUACCAGCAAACCUCCGGUGACACUGCGGCUGGUGGUGCCAGCAAGUCAGUGUGGCUCCCUCAUUGGCAAGGGGGGCUCCAAGAUCAAGGAAAUCCGAGAGUCCACAGGUGCUCAGGUCCAAGUGGCGGGGGACAUGCUGCCCAACUCCACGGAGCGGGCAGUGACAAUCUCGGGGACACCCGACGCAAUUAUCCAGUGUGUCAAACAGAUCUGUGUGGUGAUGCUGGAGUCCCCACCAAAAGGUGCCACCAUUCCCUACCGCCCAAAGCCCGCCUCCACCCCUGUCAUUUUUGCAGGUGGUCAGGCCUAUACAAUUCAGGGACAAUACGCUAUUCCACACCCGGAUCAGUUGACCAAGCUCCACCAGUUGGCUAUGCAGCAAACCCCCUUUACUCCCCUUGGACAGACCACCCCCGCUUUCCCUGGAGAAAAGCUGCCCUUACAUUCCUCCGAAGAAGCUCAAAAUCUGAUGGGCCAGUCAUCAGGUUUGGAUGCCAGUCCCCCGGCCAGUACUCAUGAACUCACCAUUCCCAAUGAUCUAAUAGGCUGCAUAAUCGGACGCCAAGGGACCAAAAUCAAUGAAAUUCGGCAGAUGUCGGGAGCGCAGAUCAAAAUCGCCAACGCCACAGAAGGAUCAUCGGAGCGCCAAAUUACCAUCACAGGAACCCCUGCAAACAUCAGCCUCGCGCAGUACCUCAUCAACGCCAGGCUGACGUCUGAGGUCACUGGAAUGGGCGCACUCUAA